CUUUUUCUGCUCGACUGGUAGUACUUUUCAGUAUUAUGCGAUGUGAUCUCAAUGCCUACUUCGGGCCAAUAAAUGAGCAGCGGUACACUGCAUCCCAGCUUUUGUCGACACAAGCACAUCAAUCAGCACGCUUUUGUUUGUCUAAUUUUAUUGUUCACUCAACGAAAGCAAGACGCAGUCCCCAAGGCAUACACCAGGACCGGUUAGAUCCCGACCAUUGCCGGGCUGAAACCCGGGGAAGGCAAUCUACUCGGAGACUAGGUCGCCGUUUUGAGGUCGGACAGUCCAAGGGGAGAUCCGAAUAGUCUCAAAUUCCCCUGCGAAUAAUUCGCCCGCUCGCAUUCGAGAGACCCACAGGUGAUGAUAUACGGAGCAAAAUGUCCGACGGUGACCAACAACGAACGUACCUUCAAGCAUACCACGGCUCCAUGUCCUCAUACUCGUGUCUCCCAUUUUAAUAGUCAGUCAUCAACGGGUUUAUCCGAACAAUCAUGAUCUCCCGAAUCCGCCAUUGGUUUCUUCCCCGGCCCGUCGCCAACAGCGGCUCUCAACUGCGCGACCACCUAGCCAACGAGCGCACAUUUUUGUCAUGGACGCGCAUGGGCCUAGCAUUUGCCGCCAUGGCACUAGCCCUCGGGCGCCUGGGCAUCAUCGACCACGUUUUCAACACCGAAUGGAAGAAGAACGAGGCGGCAAAAUCUAAAGACCGACAGACUACUACCGGCCCCGCCGCCCACGAACCCAGACUCCCCCUGACGGGAGCGAACGAUAUCCUGGCUGGUAAAUUAUGCUGGGCCAUUAGCGCCUGGUCGUUUGGAUAUGGCAUCUUUCGCUACAUUUCUAUUCGACAGACGCUGCUUUCGGGACGCUUUGUCCCGGCGAUUUGGGGCCCGAUCCUGAUGACAUGCGGCUCGGUUGGGUCUCUGGGGGUUCUGUUACAGUCGGGGACUGGGCGGCCUCUGACAGAGUCGAGUAAGUCGGGAUAAUUGACUUGUUGACUUUGAAGCGAUUAUGCCCUGGGGGCUCUUCCUGAGUUGUAAGAUUACGAAAUUCAAUCGCCAUCUAGAUGGGUUUUAGACAUGUUCGGGGAGAAAAUAAUGUCAUGUCUUAUGCGUCACUUGAAAAAGUCGCAACAUGUUACGGUGGACUGAGGGGAAUCUCCUUUUUGAAAAUUCAGCGCCUGUAUUUAUUAGAAUGAUGUACAAAACCGUUAUCGUGUAGAAUUAUAUUGCUAGGACACAACCUCCAUCGGCCACCGCAUCAACGAAACCAAAUGUUCAUUUCCAGCCCUCCUAAUAAGACCAUCAAUCACCGCGAUCU